AGGAUUUGUGUAAGAGCAGCGAGGGCGGCUGGUUCCUCUUUUCUCACAGCAGCUCAGACUGAAACCCGGAACUGGUUCUGAGAAGGGCCGCUUCCAUAAGCGAACAGCGGUGGGGUUGGUUUUCUUCUUUCCGCAGCGAGGCUGGUGCGGGCAUGGCGGCAAUGAGCAUGUCCGACCCGAGCUUCUUGUGGGGAGUCUUCCAAAGGGUUGAUAAGGAUCGUAGCGGUAUCAUCUCCGACACCGAGCUCCAGCAAGCGCUUUCCAAUGGAACAUGGACUCCAUUUAACCCAGCAACUGUUAGAUCUAUCUUAUCUAUGUUUGACAGAGAAAACAAAGGUGGUGUAAACUUCAAUGAAUUCACAGGAGUCUGGAAAUAUAUCUCUGACUGGCAGAAUGUUUUUCGCACAUAUGACAGAGACAACUCUGGAAUGAUUGACAAACAUGAAUUAAAACAAGCCCUAACAGGUUUUGGAUACCGACUGACUGACCAGUUCUAUGAUCUCCUGAUUCAUAAAUUUGACAGACAGAGAAGAGGGCAAGUGGCUUUUGAUGACUUCAUUCAAUGCUGUGUUGUACUGCAGAAAUGGACAGAUGUCUUCAGACGCUAUGAUACUGAUCAGGAUGGCUGGAUACAAGUGUCUUAUGAACAGUAUCUUUCCAUGGUCUUCACAGUUGUAUGACAGUAAAUAUUGUCUGUGAUCGAGGAAUAGAAUUUGCAAACUUGCAUACAAGAGAAAUGGAUAACUUUCAUUCUUCCAUACAGAACAAGAGGUUUAAAAAUAAUUGCUUAACUUCUGUAAAUUCUGUUAACUCAUUGCUAAAGGUGCUAUAGCUGUAAGAUUCAGCACUGUAUCAUGUGUAUUUUAUUGCUGGAAGUAAUGUUUAAAUGCCAAACAGAAUUCUUAUUCAAAUUUGCAUACUAUUGCAUGUGUCUUUUUAUAAUAGGAAAUGCAAAACAAAUGAAACUUUUAUCCUGUGUCUUCACAGCAGGAAUGACCUUAAAUGCACAGAUGUCAAGAUAUACACUUGUAUUUUCUUCUCCCACUUAGAUUAGGUUUCAUCUGCUCGUUCCAUGUAUCAUUUUUUUAAAAAAAGGAAAUUAAUGUUCUUCUUCCUGGGAUUUUUUAAUUCUGAGUAAGCACAGAGAUUUAUUAUUAAGGCUGAAUAGUUCUGCUUUUUCCAUAUCUUCCGGUGUAAUAAAAAGGUUUUCUGCCUUUCCUCUCUGGCUUGGAGAUAUA